AUGCCCCAUCAAGCUCAUUCAUUCUCCAGUAUGGUUGUAGUCUACUUUCUUGCUACGUACCUUAAUGUGCUUCAUGCAAUAGCAACACCUCAUGUGGUUGGAGGCAUCGAUGGAUGGACGCUCUUCACCAAUUCAUCCAACUGGGUACAAGGAAAAGAGUUUCACGUCAGUGAUGUCCUUGAGUUCAAUUACGAAAGAGGUUUGCACAAUGUAAUGCAAGUGAACUCAACAGCCUAUGAAGGAUGCAUAAAAGACACAUACAUAGGAUUGUUCACAAGUGGUAAUGACUCACUGGUCUUAUCAGAGGUUGGCCAAAUGUGGUUCAUAUGUGGAGUAAGUGAUCACUGCGAACUUGGCCAGAAGUUGACCAUCAAUGUGAUUCCUUAG